AUGACUUCAAUACUCAUUUCAAGGGUUCCGGAUUCACUUCAUUUCCAGAGCCAGAAUGACUACCUUAGGCAAUGGGUCCCAAAGACAGACCAGUAUCUGAACAUACUCCUGCACAGAGAGGUUCCCAUCAACAGGAUAUGCAUCACAUGUGGUACUGAUGGGGUCUACAAAUGCCAUAACUGUUUUGGUGAGCCCCUCUUUUGCACAAAUUGUUGCAGGAGCCAGCACCAGAGGGUUCCCUUCCAUAGGAUCAGUCAGUGGACAGGAACCUGCUUUGAGGAUUCUUGCCUGGUUAAAACCGGCCUGGUGAUCUGGCUAGGGCAUGAUGGAGAUGCCUGCCCCUGGGAUGAUAAGGUUGCCGAUGAAUUGUUUGCAGAUUCCGGGGCCGAUAGUGACAUCAGCGAUGGGACUUCUCCUGGGUUGAGGUCUAUGAAAGACACCAAUGAUCUACUGACCGGCGUGCCAUUCAUAAAAAAUAGCAAAAGAAUGACAACUAUAGUGGAUGUGUCAGGUGUACAUACUCACAUGGUAAAGUAUUGCACAUGCACCGAUGCACCCUCUGCCGACAUACAGUUGUUUCAAAUGGGCUUGUUUCCGGCCUCCUUCACAAAACCAAAGACAGCCUUCACCUUUGAUGUUUUGAACAACUUCCUGCUGGAUAACUUGGAGUGUGGCACCUCGGCGAUGAAUUAUUAUAGCAAGUUACGGAGGAUGACAACAAGUGUGUUUCCUCAUUUGGUACCGGACCGGUAUCGGGAGCUUAUGAGGGUUGCCAGACAAUGGCGCAAGCUCAAGCUCCUGAAAUGGAAUGGCUUCGCCCAUGAGUCCAAAGCCAUCAAACUGGGCGAUCUUGCACUGUUCUGUCCGGCAUGUCCGCAGCCUGGAAUCAAUGUCAAGUUGCUGAUGGGUGAUGGUGCCGAUCAUGAAGAGAAAAGAUCGGAUUUGGAAACACCAAGUUGGCUGUAUUCAAGGUCACUGGUAAUGGAUGGGAACUUCAAAGCGGAGCACCUCCAUGCUUCAAAUCCUGAAGAUGAAGUCUCACUGAUGGAUGGCCGCAGCUUUAUUGUUGGCGACAAGAUGUAUAAGGCACACCUUGCCAAGGCAAAUGAUACCAUUCAGCGUUCGGAGUGUAACAACCACAGGGCAGUUAACCAAGCCAAUGCAUCCCGGCACAGAUUAGAAGCCACGGGGAUCGGCGGCUGUGCUUGUGCAAGACAUGGCUGUUUCGUUCCUCAUGCGAUGGUGGAUUUUCAAAAGGGUGAAAGACAGAUGAACAUGGACUACGCACUGUGCCAAGCUUUAAAAUAUAACGCCGAUGGGAUUCAACGGUCAUUAACUUUCUACGAUGUAAACUGCCAGUAUCACAAAAAUUUGAAGGACCGCAUAGCUGAAAGUUUUUACCUGGACAUUCAGCAAGACAUAGAUAUCAUCCCAGGAAUAGGCUUGAUUGACGGCGAGAUCAUGGAAACCCUAUGGUCGCCGUUGAAUAUUAUCUCACCGGUGGCACGGGGAAUGGGGACACCACAUCAGAAGGAGUGCUUGGAUUACCAAAUGAACGAUUGCAACUGUAUGAAAAUGAUCAGGAUGACCAAGUUCCUCUGCCGAAAAUACAAGCAGGCAGUGAAAGGUGUCGCCGAGAGCAUGACCUCCUUUGAGAAGCUACAUCAAAGUGCUGAUGGGAAUACAGUCAGACAGUGGGAAGAACAAGAGAGGCUUGCCCAAGAGCGGCGUGUCCUCGAUCCAAUGGCGAUGGAUAUUUAUGAUGUCCAACUUCGAAAAGCACCAUCAAGGAAACAACAGGAGAUUGAACUAUUACGUAUACAUAGUCGGCAGCCGGCCGCGGCGCAACAAGGAAUCACCAUUGAGGAAGCACAAGUAACAUUGCAAAUAGAUACUCAGAGACUGGAGAUCGGCCGCCGCCGCGACAGGAUACAAGGGGACAUUGACCGGUGGGCGGCGAUGGCAUUGAAUAUCCUUGGGGAAGGAUUGGACAAUGUCAAUCACCAGGAUAUGGAGGAAGACACCGAUGGUGGCAUGUCCAAUGAACUUUGUCUCUUUCAGCCUGAAAAGGUGGUGAUACCAUUGCCUUCCAAUCUUGGUCCUGACAAAUGCGCCGAGUGGGAGGUGAUGCUGGUGCACUUGGCAGACAAGGCCGUGCUUUCCCGCACAACGGUCAGGACUGCAAAGUCACAAGCAAUGUCCACCAGGGCCUGGACUCAAGUGCAUUCUGUGGACCGUGCCAUUAGCAUCAAUGCCACUAUUUAUUCAAAGUGCCGAUCUCAGCUUGCCAAACUUGGCGCCGACAACAUUCUUACUAGAUACCGGCCUUUGGAAAAAGAGCAUUUAAAGGUUAGCACAGCGGUCGCCGAUCCUAAUGCAAGAGGACAAAGAAAUAGUACCUUGGCUUGGUUUUGGUCCAUGGAUGUGGAGGGGGACUCGGAGAGUAGCGAUUGGCUGAGCAAAUGCACUUAUGUGUUCCUUGUGGUAGUUUACCGAGUGCAUUGGCUCCAGUCCAAGGCUCUUAGAGAUCAUUGGGCAGAAGAACUGUUGCUGGUCCAACAUAAAAUGCAAUGGACCUGCAACUUCUUUUGUCACAAAUCCCAGGAAUGGACUCGCCAUGCUACAAUUGCCGAGGGCGUCGGCAAGAUGGGACAUGUGGCUUAUGCGGUGAAGGUGAGGAAUCUUGACUAUAGGUGA